GGCUAGGCUGAUACACAACUCACCAAUUAUUAGGAGAUAACGAGGCGAUUAUGACCAGCAAAGAGGUUUAGAAUUCCUGAGCUAAUCUAUCUGGCACAUGCAGAAGUGAAUUUCUCCCACCUAUUGCUAUUCGAUUCAAGACAUAUCAACGUUUCCUCAACUCGUUUAAAGCCCUCCAAUGAGCUCAACUCAGCAAACCAACCAAAUUCCCAGGCAGUCGGUCGAGCAUGACGAUAAACCGAAAGAAAUCGACCCUCGGGACCGUGCUGCCAUAACCGAUGGCCUAUCGGAUCAAUCGAACAUGGAACUUCUGUCCAAGGCUGGAUGUGCUACAAAGAGGAACAGACUAAAAGAUGGGAGCAGCACUCGAGCAUCUCCUGCCCCGGAGAGUCGAUCUUCAUGUUAGUUGUCUCCUUCAACUUUUGACGAUGUUGUGUUCGGGGGGAGGUUAAUCUUAUCAACAGGAGUGAGAUAACGGUGCCUUUAUCAUUUGUUGUUAAAGAGGGAGUGCCUGUCUUCGAGCGAAUCUUCUGGAAUGGGACAUAUUGUGUUACUGUACUUCGGAUCAAUUUCAUUAUUGUUAUUUGAUUGGGCUGUUUAGCUAUAGCAUCUAUUUUUUUUGACUCGGGCGAUUAUAUUGGCGUCAAAUACUGUGAUUGGUGCGCUGGUAGCUGUUUGUUUGUUUGUUCCGGCCACUGUCUUUGGGUAGAAUCUCUAUUUUCGGUUAGCAAUUCAAUCUCCCUUUAUGCC